GUUUAACUAGAUUAAUAGACUAUACCAGCUGCUAGUGGGGCUUAAACUUUUCAUUCUAGGUCCUGGAUGACUCUAAAAAUAAUUCGAAAUUUCUUUUUUUAAUUCCGGAAAUAACCAACUCGUUGAAGCAACACGUUAAACAGGGAGAGUAGCUACACUCUUCAAGUCCAGAAAAAAUGCAUUUGCCUUUACCGGAGGUGGCAAUUCCCUACGCUGUACUCUUAUGUAAUACACUUUUAUUCAAGAGUUUACGCUUGCUUACAUUUCGUUUCGUGCCUUGUUCGUGGAAAUUACUAUUUUCAGAAAUUAUUUCAACUUUAGAAUUAUGCAGCGAUUGUGCAGAAUUAGGAGUCGUAUACGAAAUACAUGGAAUGAUCGGUUUAGGUCUGGCAUUGUUCACGCUUUGCAUGUGGUGGAGUCAAGUAUUCGAUGAUGCAGAAGCAUGUCCUUGCGGUCCAAUCGAAGAUUUCAUUUUUCCAGCACAAUCAACUAAAGCAGACAUUUUUAAAAAGAUAACCGGACAAGUAUUAGGAGCCAUUGCUACUGCCGGAUACAUAAAAUAUGUUUGGUCUUUUCAUAUGGUACCAGAACACGAAGUACUCCACACUGCAAAGUGUCAGGCGGGUCUACAGGUAACAUUACUUUGGGGUGCUUGGAUCGAAGGAUAUAUCACAGCUAUUAGUCGAGUAGUUGCACUAGAAUCUGUUAACUGGACUCCACUAACAUCAGCUGUAGCCAAUUCAAUAACAACCGUAGCAUUAGUUCUGUGGGCUCUCAAUACUACAGGUGGCUUCUUCAAUCCCAUUUUAGCAUCGGCAUUAACAUUGGGAUGUUCUGGUAAUACGCACUUUGAACAUUUUAUGGUCUAUUGGUUAGGAGCUUUAUUCGGAGGAUGUGUUGGGAGAUAUAUUCACACUUUUCUCGAAAGAAGAAGAAAAUAUAAAUACCGAACCGUAUUUAUUAUAGGUAAUGAGUCGAAAAUGUUUCCAUCCUUCACACCCAUUCCAUACAUAAUUGAAGUAAUUGUGACUGGCUGUAUAGAACUUAAAAAAUACAUAAAAUAUGUUUGGUCUUUUCAUAUGGUACCAGAACACGAAGUACUCCACACUGCAAAGUGUCAGGCGGGUCUACAGGUAACAUUACUUUGGGGUGCUUGGAUCGAAGGAUAUAUCACAGCUAUUAGUCGAGUAGUUGCACUAGAAUCUGUUAACUGGACUCCACUAACAUCAGCUGUAGCCAAUUCAAUAACAACCGUAGCAUUAGUUCUGUGGGCUCUCAAUACUACAGGUGGCUUCUUCAAUCCCAUUUUAGCAUCGGCAUUAACAUUGGGAUGUUCUGGUAAUACGCACUUUGAACAUUUUAUGGUCUAUUGGUUAGGAGCUUUAUUCGGAGGAUGUGUUGGGAGAUAUAUUCACACUUUUCUCGAAAGAAGAAGAAAAUAUAAGUUCGAUUAAUUUAAGGACAAUAAAGAAAUUACUAAAAUAAUCCGAGAAGUUGUAUGCCUUCAAGAAACAGUAUUUUGAAAACUCUAUAUUGUUUCAAUUAUUUAUUAAAAAUUCAAUGUCUUCCUUCUACCAAUAAAAUGCUGAAAAACAUUAGUAAUAAAAUUGUAUUAUAAUAAUAUUUUCUGUAUUAAUAAAAAUUUUA